CUGAUUCACUGGCAAGAUGAAGGGGAUCCGAGUCUCCUCAGCGAUUCGGUCAGCCGGCGACGACACUCUCAAGCAGAUGAUCAGCACCCAAUCAAUCGCACGUUAUCAACAAGAACCAAAGAAGAUUCAAGUGGAGACGGUAAUGAAUCUACUUCGCGGCCGCAACACAUUCCUCCUCGCUGCCACAGGAUUUGGAAAAUCAAGAAUAUCGGAAAUGUACCUUGACCUGCUUCCAAAAGACCGACACGGGAGAAUUCUGGGAGUGGUAGUGGCUCUCAAUCCACUCGAUGCCCUUGGCGACAAUCAAGUUGAGGAGAAAAUGGCCGCAGGAUUCUCGGCGAUCAAUUUAACCUAUUUAAACUUCACGCAUGAAGUUGGUCUGAAUGUGAUGAAUGGUUUUUACAACUUUGUCUAUGUUAGCCCUGAGACGUUCCUCAAUAAUCUUACGUUUGUCGACAUAUACUUUUCGAAUGAGUUCCAAACCAAACUGGCGUUGGUCGUUGUGGAUGAAGCCCACAUGAUCUACUCAUGGGGCUUAGUCGAAAACGGGCAACGACACCUCAAGACCUUGGUGCGCCAUCAGGACCAAUCACCGUUUCGACCAUCCUUUGGCAGCCUCUCCGCUCAAUUAUUGACAAAGAACUUAGCACCUAUCCUCUUAAUGUCGGCAACAUGCAGACCACCGGCCAUCGAAGCGAUCAAGAAAAAUUUGAAGCUGCUUGACGAUCACAUUGACAUAUUGAAAAGCGAACUUACCAGGCCAGAAAUCCGAAUAAUUAGGAUCUUGAUGAAUCACUCUCUGAAGUCCUGUCUCGACAUUCUACAAAUCUAUGGCCUCAAAGAGUUAGUGCCUGAUGAAGAUGUUGUUCCAGCAUUGAUAUACACUGGUACGCGUGCCCUCACCCUCACAGUUUUAGAGGUGCUAGACAAGGCUCGAGGAACACCAAAUUUGGGUAGUAACUUGGCACCGUAUAGCACUUUCGCACGCCGCUACCAUGCCUGCACAGGUGAUUUAGACAAGCAAGAUGCAAUCAACGGUUUUUCUAAGGGUCAAAUUCCGAUCCUAGCGUGUACUCUUGCACUGGGCAUGGGCCAGAACUGGAAGCUUGUGCGCCAGGUGGUGCACAUGGGUCGUGGAGAUCCCUCACUCAUCUGUCAGAUGAUAGGCCGAUGUGGACGAGACGGUCGCCCCGGAUUGGCCAUUAUGUUUGUUGAACAGAACUGCCCAAAAGGGAAGAACAAAGUGGAUGAGUUCACACCUGGUCAGAUCCAGUCUGAUGAAGACCGGAUGGAUGCCCUUGCUGUGACACCGGUUUGCCUAAGGAUUGCUUUUUCUAUUGAUAACCGGUAA